AAAAAGAAAAGAAAAGAAGAAUAAAAGAUAAGGUGUUGUGAAUGAAAAUCUUCAAAUUUAAAAGAAAUUCGGACCAAGAUCAGUGGUGAAGCCUGUCCAUCCCGAAGCCGUUGACAUGCGGUGUUACACGGGCGUGAUGGGCGCCAGGAGACAUGUUUCGGUGUGGGCGUGGGCGGUGCCCGUGCUGUUGGCGACGCAUGCUGUGUGCUUUUCCCCUCAGUUCGCCGCCCCCGUGAGCAACGUGACAGUGGCGAGGGGAAGGGACGCGAAAUUCACCUGCUUAGUCAAACACCUUGGAGGAUACAGGGUUGGCUGGGUAAAGGCGGAUACCAAAGCCAUCCAGGCCAUCCACACACACGUCAUCACCCACAACCCUCGGGUACAUGUCAGUUUCGACGACCACUCGACCUGGCACCUGCUCAUUCGACAGGUCACGGAGGAGGACCAGGGACCUUACAUGUGCCAGAUCAACACCGACCCCAUGACCAGUCAGCUGGGCUACCUCGAGGUCCUCCGGCCACCUGAGAUUGACGACAACCUCAGCUCUGGAGACGUCGUGGUCACGGAGGGCGAGCCAGCUGUCCUGCGCUGCGUCGCCUCCGGCCAUCCUCUGCCCACCAUCACCUGGGUGCGAGAAGACAACGAGAAUAUUCUGAUGAACGAUGGUGUUUCUACGAAGCAAGUGAGGACUUGGGAAGGCGAUGAACUGAAGCUACAACGCGUAUCUAGGGACGACAUGGGCGCCUACCUUUGCAUCGCCCGCAACACAGUACCACCGCAGGUGUCCAAGCGGGUUGUCCUGCACGUGCACUUCCAUCCAAUCAUCCAUGUUCCCAAUCAGCUGAUUGGGUCUCCCUAUGGUCGUCAUGUCACCCUCGAAUGCAAGGUGGAGGCUUCACCCAAACCAGUAACUUUCUGGAGCAACAAGCAAGGAGAGAUGCUCAUGUCAACGGACAAGUACCAGGUGAGCGAAGUCCACAACAAGCCGGGAGGUUACGCCGUUCGCAUGAGACUCACCAUCAGGGACCUGACAGCGGCUGACAUCGGGAAGUACAGCUGUGUCGCCAAGAAUUCCAUUGGGGAAGUCGACUCGAAUAUCAACGUUUACUACAUCCCCCCACCCACCACGACCCCUCCUCGCAUUCCGAACUUUGUGGAGACAAACCGCGUGGACGGCGACGACUUCGAGAUGAUCAACCGCAUUCCUCUGGAUCCCAACGCAUCCGUCGACCACUACUUCACCCCGGGCAUCUUGGAGGGCUCCGGAGAUGAGGCGAAGAGGCAGCCUCCCUUCCCGCCGACGUCUGAAGGAGGGAGCUAUUCGUCGGGAUUCGGAAAUUGGUUCCCUGAGAACAGCGAGGUGGAUUCGAAUGUUCUCGGUGUGGAUGGGGUCUCUUCUUCAUCCUCUUCCUCCUCCUCCUCCUCCUCUUCUUCCUCUUCUUCUGCUAAUAGCGUAUCGUACAGCAGGGCCAGGAAGGAGAGGUGUGACUUGGUGGCGGUCGUGAUGUGGGGCUUCUUGAGUCUGGCACUGAGGGGAGAGAUCAUGGCGAGGUGGCAUUAGUGUCCACUUCACAGAGCCCCUAACGCUAACAUCCACCCUGUAACUCCAUGUACCACCCUGCCCUAACUCACUCCUCCCAUAUCAUCCAAUCCAUUUAUCCCCCCACCCUCCUCCCACCCCCCACCCCCACCCCCCCAAAAAAAAAGAAAGAAAAGAAAAAGAAAUACUAUUUAUGUUAAAAAAAAUCCUAGCCUCCUCCUUCGCUACCUUGUCCUCGCUAUAUGCUACUCCCUCCCUUUUCCUCUUUCGUCAAAAAAUAAGGCCUCAUCUCUUCACUUUUACUCAAGAAUGAGUGAGAACCUAAGAAAGGAAGAAAUAAUGGUGAUGAUAAGCCGCAGUUUAAUACCUAAAUCAUUUUAUCUUGAGUCGAAGACGAACGUUCCGUAUCUAACAUGGUAUCCAUAACACUAACGGAGAAAUGAAAACGACAGUUGUUUUGUAACAUGUUGCAGUAUAAAGCUAAGCGCACUUUUAUUUAACAAGAUGACACUCAGUGAUUACUACACGUUUAUAUCACUGGAGAAGAAUAAAAGUAAUUUUAAAGUUAAUAUUUCAUUUGGUUUAUUUCUUUAACGGGAAGACGUUAUCUACGUUAGUCACCCCGUAAAUUAUUAAUUGUGAUUUUAUAGCCUUCCUACUAUAGUCAAAGACUUUUUACCCCCUUCCCUUACGAAAAAAUAAUAAUGUACAACGUAAAUAUGAAUUCUCACAUAAGUAAUUCUCUUGCUUUAGUGAAUGGUGAAGACCUUAUUCAUAUAUAACGCUUGCACUUUUAAGGAUACAGAGAAAACGGAAACAGUUUGAAGGGAAACAAAUGCAAAUAUUUUAUUUCAUUUUCCCCCCUAAAUCAUUUUAUUCACAUACGCUUAAAACAAGCUAUAUUUUGCUCACCAUAAAACAACGAAAUAUAUAUAUGGAUAUAUAUGUAUAUCGAUAUACAAACAUAGAUACGUGUAAACACACACACACACACACACACACACAC